AUGUUGUAAGAUUUGCUAGCUGAACUUAAAAAAGAAGUUGCGGAAAGCAAAUAAGAAAUGAAAUAGCUUAAAUCUACUGUAAGCUCAAUGAAAAAAGUGUAUUAAUCUGAAGAUAAAUCUAUUAAAUUUAAAGAUUAAUCCAUUAAUGAUAAAAUGGUGGCAAAGUCAUAGCCUAAAUUUGGGUUCUCUAAAGCCGAACGCUUUAAAAAAAAUACAAAUAAUAAUUUAGGAAGCUCAGCUGCACCUCCUGAUAUUUUAACAGCUGCAGCUGAUAUAACCUCUACUCUACCUCAUCAGAAAAAAGCAUAAAAUAUUGUUUUUCCUUUGAGUAAAAGAUUCUCAGAUCAAAAGAAAGACGACUUUAGAGAUAUUUUCUAUGAUGUUAAAUUUGAUUAAGUGAAACCCAAGUCUUAAGGUAUUGUGAUAAAUCCACCAGCUUCGAAAAAUAAACACAGCUCGUCUUAGUACAUGAAUGCGAGUACAGUUUCUCAAGAUAGCAGAUUUAGUGAUUUAGAGACAUAAGCAAGUUUAAGUCAAUUUAUAGGUCCUGGAGCUUAUAAUCCAAAUUACAGUUGUGUAGAGCCAAAAAAGAGUGUGCCUAUACCUAGAAGUAAAAGGUUUGAGUAACCUAAAAAAACUUCCAUUGAUUUCUUAAAUCCAAAUUAUGAUGCUAUCAAAAGAAAAGCCCCUGGAGUAUCUAUAAAAAAUAAAAUACCUCGUAAUGCUAAGCAAGAGGCUAAAGAUAACGAAAGACGUGCUUUUGAAUUAGAGGCAGCUAUGAUACAAAGAAUGGGAAAGGUAGACAACGAUAGAUAUUUGAGGGCGAACCCAGGUGGUGUAAUAAUCAAAAAGAGUAUAAGAGAUGUGACAGCUGCUCCAAAAGGAUCAAGAUAAAAAAUAGCAGCAGUGUUUAAAUUUUUAGAUUAGCUUCGAGAAAUAAGAGAAAGAGGGCCUGCUGCAUAUGAAGUACAAUAGCCAGAGCCUGCUCCCACAAUGGUAGUAUACAGAAAAAGCUCAUAUAGUCCACUGCGAAAAGAUCCAAAAGAAGAUAUUCCAGGACCUGAUUAUUAUUAUUGCAAAGAUGAUAUGAUUAAGGACGCUAAGCCUGCAUGGACGUUUGCAAAAGAACUUAAAGAAAAACCUUUAAGCUUGGAAGAUUAAGAUAACAGAAACUACGAGAUUAAUGAAAAUUAAAUAAAAAAAAAUCCUAUAUCAGCAAUAAUAUUAAAAGAACACAAGCCGAAAUUUAUUGGAGAGGAAGGCUAAUUAGAGCUAGAAAGAGGACCUGGCGCUUAUUAUCCAUAAUACAAUCAAACAGAAAAAAGAAAUGACAUUGGUGUAGUUAAAAUACCUGAAAUAAAUGACAACAAUGCAAGAGAAAAUAAUAUGGAUUAUCUUUAUUAAAAUGAAAACUUUGAUAAUGACUUGAUAUUCCCAUCAGUUGAUCCAAUUAAACCCAAUAAUAAAAAAGGAUUUAAAUAUUACGAACCAACUGAUCAUAAGCCAGAUAAUCCACCUGAUAAAGAACUAUUUAAAGAAGAAUGGUAAUUCUAUGACUAUGAUUUGAACAAGAUAAGAGAAAAUAUGACUAAGGGAGGAGAUUUUAGUAAUAAAAUGCAAAAAGAUAUUUUUGCUGAACAUGAAGAAUUUAUGAGAAUUAUGAGAGAGUAUUAUGAUAAGCAAAAUAAGAUUCCUCACCUUGGUGAAUAUGAAGUAGACUAUAGAUAAGUUGAUAGACAUAUCCCCGGAAUAGAUAUUGAAAAAUUGCCUGAAAAAGACACUGGUCCGAUAGUCAAGCCUGAAGGAGAUGUUGAUGGUGAUAAUCUUAUACUUAAUAAUGUUGAAAGACCUACUAAAAAGCUUCCUGAUAUUAAAUUUGAUAAAAUGAUUGGAAGACCAGAAAAGGAUGAAGAUAAUAUUAAUUAUGAGGAAGAAAUUAAAUUAGAUGUAAAUAUAGCACCUAUAAAGCCAAAAGUACCUGUACUUGUCAACAUGAAAAAACAAAAAGAAAGGGAUGAAGUUUUUGGGGCUGAAAAACCAGAAGAAGAAAAAAUUGAUUUAGAUAUAAAAUAUACACAGUAAGACAAAAAAAUAAAAGGAUAUGUAGAUAUAGGAAAAAUAUAAACAAGAGAAGAAGAUCCUAACUAUAAUCCAAAAGUUAAAGAUGCAGAAGUUUACAUUGAGCCUUAAGUUACAUAAGUUAAACCACAAAAAAAAGCAGGUGUAAAUAUGGGUAAAGGAGCAAAAAGGUUUCCAACUUCUAAAAACUCAUGA